AUGCCCGGGGUUCCUUCAGGGCGUGCAUGCGAUGGAUGUCGCAAACAAAAGAAAAAAUGCGACGAAAAACAACCCUCCUGCUCACGCUGCAUCCGCCUCAAGAUCAAGUGCGUGGGGUCAGGACAACAGCGGUUUAAGUUCCAACAAGAAAAAGGCUAUACUCCAAUACUAUAUACCACUCACACUAAAGUCUCAAAACAGGAAUCUGACUUCCCAGAGGCCAUCAGUAAUGCCUCCGAGUUCGAUUUCAUAGUUACUUUGCCGACGAACCCCAAACAGAUUCACAUUGGCCUUCCACCAGGUUCAUCUCCAGCUGUGGCUCUUAGUAGUGACCUCUCCUCACUGGCAAUCCGCUUCAUCAAAACCAUUGCCCGAUCUACUGAUCUUCGCUACAAUCUUUGGUGGAGCUUUGGCGCCUUUCUAGAAGAUAUCCCUCGAAGACUGGGCGCAAAUGAAGCGCUCGACCGCUCGAUCGAGGCAUUAACGGCUGCUCAUACUGGGUUUUGUGGUGUAGACCGGCAUGGAGCAACAGUCGAGGCCUUGACGAAAUAUUCGCAGGCUCUAAGGACCCUUCGCGUAUACCUGGAUGACCGGGUACAUGCACAAUCAUCAAACACUCUUUGUGCGGUCAUGGUCUUAUUAGUCUGUCAAUUGUUCCUGGGCCAGGGUACACAAUGCUGGUCUGGGCAUGCGGAAGGGGCAGCGCGGAUCCUUAAGGCGCGAAGACAAUGUACACCGCGUGAUUUAUUCGAGAAGAAAUUAUUCCUCUCCCUACGCGGUAGUGUGCUUAUGGAAGGUCUGUUCAACGAGCGCAUAAACCUCACUCAGAAAGAAUGGGACGAGCUCGUCACCAAUGAAUUCGAUCAAAAUACACCUGAGGGCCGAAUCCUUCAAUGUCUCGCCCACGGCCCCGAUUUGGGUCGCCGGGCCCGACACGUCCUACAAGUAGGAAUGGACCCCACAUACACCCGCGCCGAGAUCUGCACCUUAUACCAAACCUGCAAAGAAAACCUGCAUGAGCUCAAAUCGCGAGCGAUCAACAACGACAUCUCAGCAAUUGACAUGACAAAUGUCCCCAAGGCUACCGAGAAACACGUGAGGGAAUUCUUUUACGCCCACUACCAACGCACGUAUGGCAUCGGAUUGGUAGUUACACUGUUUUUUAAUUGCAUGCUUGGUGCACUUGUCGCGGACGAUUUAGGGGAUGAAUCUGGCCAAAUUGUUUCUGCUGAUGGGACAAAGCUCGCGGCAGAGGUUCUUGCCCUCGCGGACCGGUCGGUCAUUUAUCGACCUAUAGGUGCUGGGUAUCUGCUUAUUUGUCUUACGGCCGCGUGGGCGGCUACUAGGGAACCCGUUUUGAAAGCAAAAAUCAUGACUGCGUUGAAUGAUUUUAAUGGGGAUUUUAAAGUGAAGGACCCGGGUCAUUUUAGGCAAGAACUUGAGUGGACGGCUGAGCGUUUGAGGCUCGGUGUUCCGUUUCGGAUUAAUGGAGAGGGCCAUUAUUCGAUUCAAUCAUAG